AUGAUGCUUGAAGCAGGCCUACCACGGCGCUUUGUCAAGCAUGUCAUCCGUCAGGCUCCUCCGCCGUCCGUCCAAGAACCUCUUGAGCCGGUGAUCACCGAGACGCGCAGCUUCGUCAAGCGGGCGGACCUCUUUAACACGGCAAAUCGUUCCGGUAUCCAGCCGAUCGAUGUCAUCAUCGUCCUGGGCGGUCUGAUCGCCAUCUUCAUAUUGCUCGUGUUGAUAUCGGGCAUCUGCAAGGUUGUCAACCGACCGCGAUCUGAGGCACGGCAUCGCGCUAAUCCGCAGGCCAUGUUCAAGCCCUCGGCUGCCGGAUACGGCGCUCGCGGCAUCGGUGAUACCGUCCCGCUGGAUGCUCCCGCCACGAACCUGUUAGGAGCGGCGUCUCCGAUGGGUAUGGGUGGCAACAGUCAUUACGGCGAUUCUUCGGCGGACCUUUCGCUCGAUACGCCGCCCAGAAGCAUCAAGACCCAUACGCGAGGCAAGAGCAGCGGCGUCAACUUCCCCGGCCCUCCUGCCGCUUUCCGCAGAGGCGCACAGCCGCAGCACCCUCACCUCGAGAAUCAGACUUCGCUGGAUGCGCCGAUUGCGGGCCCAAGUUUCUCAUCGGCCGCUCCCGAUGGCUCUGGCUUCCGCCCGGGGCAGCGAUUCGACUACGGUCAGCUCAGCGACGGCCUGCCGCGGGGGCCUUCGGGGAAUCCGAACGGUUAUGCUCCACGGCAGCCCAGCCUGCGUCAGGGCAAGGCGGCCAACUCGGGCCCACCGCCAGCCCUCAGCCGGUCGAGGUCUGGACGCUACGCCCAAGGAUCCGACCCGACACGACGCAGCCGGAUUGACAGCGUCGGACCUGGCACGUACCGGAAGUCGAUGUUCUUGCAUGAGGAUCCUUCCGGCGACUUGCAUCGGGUACCGACCAAUGGCGAGGGUCCGUCCUCGGCAGGCGGCGGGCUGCGCCGGGUGGAGAGCAUCGGCAAGGGCGAUGCGCGACGCCGUAGCAACUUCAUGGGCGGCGGCGUCCGCGGUCAGUCCAUCUACGGCAACAGCGGCGCAGCUCUGGCCCCGCUCGACAUCCGAUCAGCUCGCGAGGACGGCUGGGGUUCCGGUCAGCGAUCUCCCGGCUUAUCGACGCCCGGAGCAGUCACUCCGUCAGAUAUGGGUCCGCUUGGUCCCCGAGGAUAUGGCGGCGGUGCUGGCCACGAAUACCUGGAUGCGAGCGCCAACGGCUCGUACCCCGCCCCUUCGUCGUACAGCUCAAUGCAGGCUGGGUACUCGGGCAUCGGAGGGUCUGCCCUGAGCAGCAACUUCCCUGGAGGCCAAUUCCAGGCGAUCGAGGGCGUCGGCAGUGGCGGCGGAGGCAGACGCAUCAUCUGA